UUUAGAUGCGUAGAUUAGAGAUGUGCUAUUGAUAGCAUAUUGACGCAAACAAUCAUGGAUCAAUCAAUUGAUUAAUCGAUGUCACCAUAAUUGAAUAGUAUAUAAAUGAUAUUGAUUUCCAUUGAUCAAUACAAAUCAUUAAUUAAUCAAAAAAAAAAAAAAAAAAAAUCCAACGUUGACACCAAAAUAUCAAUAUUCUCAUAACCAUUUUAAAAAUGAAAUUCAACAUAACUAUCGCUUUUGUUUCAUUGGCCAUUUUGGUUCAUUCAUCAUAUGCUGAUAUUGAUCAUUUCGAUAAUGAUGAUCAGAAUAGUUCCACAUCUAAACCUGAUGAUGAUCCUACCACCAUGAUUGAUGUUCAAACUACGACAGUACAACCGAGUUCCAUGCCAACAACAUCAGAAUCUCAAUCAACGGUAAAACCAACUACAACAACGGUAAAACCAUCUCCAACAACGGUAAAACUAACUACAACAACGGUAAAACCAACUACAACAACGGUAAAACCAACUACAACAACGGUAAAACCAUCUCCAACAACGGUAAAACUAACUACAACAACGGUAAAACCAACUACAACAACGGUAAAACCAACUACAACAACGGUAAAACCAUCUCCAACAACGGUAAAACCAACUACAACAACGGUAAAACCAUCUCCAACAACUACUACUACUACUACUACUGAACAACCAGAAGAUGAAUUUGAAUGUCCAACAAGAUUUGGUUAUUUUGCCGAUCCGAAAGAUCCAUGUAAAUUUUAUAUUUGUUCAAAUUGGGAAGCUAUACAUAAAAGUUGUCCAGGUAAUACAAGAUGGAAUGAAAAAGAAUUAACAUGUACAUAAUAAUUGUAAUAUUGUCCACAAUGAUGAUUGUAGUUGUCUAAAAAUGUCAUUUUUCAUAAUAAUCAUAAAUUUGAUUUUUUUUAUAUAUAUAAAUUCUUUUACACAUUUUGUAUGCUAAUAUCCCUAAUCUACCUAUGUAAUUGAUCAAUCAAAAUACAAAUAUUUACAAAAUAAAAAAAAUAAAAAUAAAAAUGUCAA